GGAUGACUAACCAAUUUUUCUCUCUUUAAAACCUAGUCUCAUGGAGUCUUCAUUCUUCAUUCCUGCACUGCUUAUUCGCCGAUUUACUCAUUUGCGAGAGAGAUGGACAGAAAGGGGUGGUGGAAGUUCUUGGGCGUGGGGUUGUUGGUAAAAAGCGCUUUAAUUUAAUUAAUUUGCAGUCAAAUUUUGCACUCGAUCGAUCUGCUUUUUGCCAACUCCUCCCAUGCCUAACACUUCCAUCACUUCUAUCUAUCCCUUUUUUCUCUGCUGGAAUACACAACUCUACUCCCCCUUUGGUGAAAGGAUCAAGAAGGAAUGGAAAGAGUGUUGUUGGGAAUUUUAGGUAUGGAAGGCCGAGGAAGAUAUGAUUAUUCUAUGACCUUUGCAAAACAAAGGGAACAUAUAUAGUCUUUUCUCCCACGACCUCCCGUACCCAUGAUUUCCAACCCUUUUCUCCCAUUCCCUGACUCGUGCUGUGCUAGAUCUGCAGAUUUUAUGUGCUCUGGUAAGGUUUUUGCAAUUGAAAUAAUGUUUAGGAGGCGUUAUAAAUCCUGCUUCUAUGCUUGUUUAAUAUGAUUCAGAAUUCUUAUAAUUUACUUUUCCGUUUAACGUUCUAGGUGCAGCUUUAUGUUUCGAUCUUAAAUAUCUUGUUCUUGUUGUUCUUGUUAUUUAUGAGUGCAUCCUUUGGAUGGUUUUUACAUAACCUGGAAUCGUCUAUAUGGUGUUUGUAAAAAUGUUUGACAGAUAAAUUUUAAUAGAGGGUAAUAAUACCUUUAUAAAUUGUUUAGUGUUCGGCUUAAGAUCUAGAAAAAAUUGAUGCUACUACCGUGCUGGAACAAACGACAGUUUCAUUACUACCAGUCAAAUUAAGAAGCAGUUCUAAAAGGAAUAGAACACAUGAUUGUGCACAAGUACAAAGACUAUAUUACCCCAGUUGAGCUAGAGAAGGGUCCCGAAUUAGGUUCCUCUCCACUGAAUCCAAUAGUGGACUCUGUAUAUAUGCCAAGACAGAACAGUAGUGAGCAAUCUGAAUCAUCUUUUUUAUUCAUAUUUUUCGGUACAGGAUAAUGAACUGCAGUAUAAAGGCAACCACACAAAAACAUGAAACAUUAUGUAUAAGUUAUAUAGCUUCUUUCUUGUUGUUUUUUUUUUUUUUUUUUUCUUGGCACAUACAAGCUAUAUAUAUCGCUUUUAAAACAUGCUAUUUGUUGCCUCAGAGGAAAGGAGAGAAAAAAAAAAAAAGAAAAGAAAAGAAAAGAAAAGAAGUAAUGCUAAGGAAGAGGGUAAUUGUUAUGCUCAUAUAUUAUUUUGUUAAAAUUAUUUAAUUUAAGGGGUUGUGAAAUGUUAAAAUUAUUUAAUUUAAAGGGUUGCAAGAAGUUAAUACUAUCCGACAAUUCUGAUAAGAUAAGAACCAUUCAUCAUAUGAUUCUGGGGGUUCACAUUGCAAUCACAUGAUGGAUGACUUUGAUUUUGUUAGGUAAUCCUUACUUUUUGUUUUUUAUUAGUUUAAUUGAUAUUUUAUUAGUUUAUAAUAUUUUUUUAAAUAAUUGAUUAUAAUGUUU